UUUUUCAAAAUUCACAAAAACAACAUGAUGAAGAAAGCUAAAUUUAUUUUUGAGGGCAACAAAGAAAACAACACAGAUCUCAGGACUGUUUACACAGAACUGUUCAUCACUGAGGGAGAGAUGGAAGAUGUCAAUCAUGAACAUGAGAUUCUGAAGAUUGAUGAAGCUUUCAAGAACAAAAAAACACAGGACAAAAGAAUCAAAUGCAAUGAUAUAUUUACUGAACUGAGGAAAAACAAUGAGGAGAAGAUUGUGCUGACCAAGGGAGUCGCUGGCAUUGGAAAAACUGUCUCUGUGCACAAAUUCAUCCUGGACUGGGCAGAAGGAAACGCCAAUCAGGAUAUAGAGUGUGUGUUCCUGCUUCCAUUCAGAGAUAUCAACACAGAGAUAUUUUUUGAAGACAGAGAAGUCAGUCUCCAUGAGUUUCUGCUGAAAUUUUUUCCUGGACUGAAGAACCUGGAGAAAAAGUUAUAUAAGGAACAUAAGCUAGCAUUUAUAUUUGAUGGACUUGAUGAGAGUCGCCUGCCAUUUAACUUUAAAAGCAAAACACUGGACACUGUUGAGGAAAGAGCAUCUGUAGAUGUGCUGUUUACAAAUCUGGUCAAAAGGAAGCUGCUUCCAGCAGCUCUGGUCUGGGUGACCUCACGACCAGCAGCAGCCAAUCAGAUCCCUCCUGAACAUGUGGGUUUGUUCACAGAGGUGCGAGGAUUCACUGACCGACAGAAGGAGGAGUACUUCAGAAAAAGAAUCACAGAUGAGGAACAAGCCUCCAGAAUCAUCUCACACAUUAAGACAUCUCGUAGUCUAUAUGUCAUGUGCCACAUUCCUGUGUUCUGCUGGAUCACAGCCACAGUAUUGCAGAAUUUUCUCAUCAAGAACAAUACAGAGAAUAUAAGCACAACACUCACUGAAAUGUACAUUCACUUCCUGCGGAUACAGAUGAACAUAAAGAGCAAGUAUGAUAAACAGGAAAAAAGCCAACCUUCAGACCAUUUAAAAUUAAAUAGAGAAAUGAUUUUGAAAUUAGCCAAGCUAGCAUUUGAACAGCUGAAGAAGGAAAACAUUGUGUUUGAUGAGAAGGAUCUGAAAGCAUGUGGUAUUGAUGUGAGUAAAGACACUGAGUUCACUGGAAUGAUCGCUGAGAUUUUCAAGAUGGAAGAUGGACUUUAUAAGACAAAGGUCUUCAGUUUUGUACAUCUGACUGUUCAAGAAUUUCUCGCUGCAGUGCAUGUGUUCAUCUGCUACCUGAAAAAGAACAAGCGAGAGCUUCAGUUUUUCUUUGAAGAUUCACAAAAUACAGCCCGACAAAAGCUUCAGUUCUUCUUAAGAAAUGUAAAAUUUCAUGACUUAACAAAGAGGGCCACUGAUAAAGCCAUGCAGAGUAAGACCGGACAUCUGGACCUGUUUCUGCGGUUUCUGAUGGGCAUUUCACUGGAAUCCAGUCAGAACCUGCUCAAAGGCCUGAUCACACACACUAGAGACACCAGUGAGAGCAUUAGACAAACAACUGAACACAUUAAGGAAUUACAAAAACAGGACAUCUCAAAUGAAACUUCAGUCAACCUAUUCUACUGCUUACUUGAGCUGAAAGAUAAUUCAUUAUAUGAGGAAAUCCAGAGUUACAUUAGUUCAGAUGAACAUCCAGGAAGAGACCUCUCAUCUUCAAUGUGCACAGUGCUGACCUACAUAUUGCUGAUGUCAGAGAAGGUGCUGGAUGAGUUCAGUCCAAAGAGGUUCACGUCAAAACAAGCAGACUACAAGAGACUUAUUCCAGCUGUGAGAUGCUGCAGAAAAGCACUAUUUGACAGCUGUGGUCUUGACAAAACAUGCUGUGAAACAGUGUCUUCUGCUCUACAAUCAUCAAACUCUCAUCUGACAGAGCUGGACCUGAGUAGCAAUAAUCUGCAGGAUUCAGGAGUGAAGCUGCUUUCUGAUGGACUGAAGAGUUCAAACUGUCAACUGAAAAUACUGAGGUUUGACAUUCAUGUUCACUGA